CCGGCCACGUUAUCCCGUAGACCGAGCACUUGCUUUACUACUGGUCCACUGCCCCUCGUAUAAUUAUGCAUUGUGCCAUUGUGAUUGGGUAAACAAGAACAACUAUUGGAUUGGGCAUUCGGUAUUGAGAAAAAGCAAGAAGCAAUGGCGAGUCAAAUUCACGUAGCAAUGGUUCCAUGGUUGGCCUUCGGCCAUCUGAUCCCAUUUCUUCAGCUUUCCAUAGCUUUAGCUAAAGCUGGAGUCCGCGUCUCCUUCGUCUCCUCUCCCAAGAACAUCCAAAGACUCCCAAAAUUUCCACCACACUUACAGCAUCUAAUUAAUUUAGUGGCGCUGCCGUUGCCGGCCGUGGAUCUCUUGCCGGAAGGCGCCGAGGCCACCACCGAUAUCCCCUUUGAAAAAAUUCAGUACCUAAAGAUCGCAUACGAUCUCCUCAAAAACCCCUUCAAGCAGUUUGUCGCCGGCGCAUUGCCGGACUGGAUAUUGAUCGACUUCAGCGCCCCUUGGGCGGCUGAAGUCGCCGAAGAAAGCCGGAUCCCACUCGUCUACUUCUCCGUUUUCUCCACCGCUAAGUGUGCUUUCUUUGGGCCGCCCAAGUACCUUGCCGGUAACGGUCGGACGAGCGUUCGGCCAUCGCCCGAAAGCAUGACCUGCCCGCCGGAUUGGGUCUCUUUUCCGUCCAAGGUAGCUUACCGCCGGCACGAGGCGAUUGCGAUGCACGCCGGCGUCUAUGGGGAGAAUGCUUCUGGGAUAACAGACGGUGAGAGAUUGGCCAAAGUCGUCCAAACAUGCCAGGCCGUGGCCAUACGCACUUGCGCGGAGUUCGAAGGUGAGUACCUGAAUUUACACCGGGAACUGAUCGGGAAACCGGUAAUCCCAGUGGGUUUGCUGCUGCCGGAAAAAACAGAGGAAAAAGGAAACACUGACGUUUCUUGGAGCGAAAUCUUCAAAUGGCUUGACGAGAGAAAACCCAAAUCAGUGGUUUUCGUUGGAUUUGGGAGUGAAUGUAAGCUCAGCAGAGACCAAGUAUAUGAAAUAGCUUGUGGAUUGGAACUCUCAGAAUUGCCUUUUCUGUGGGCGCUGAGAAAACCCAGCUGGGCAAUCGACGAUGCCGAUGCACAGCCGCCGGAAUUCGGUCGUCGGACGAAAGGGCAAGGUGUGGUGUGCAUGGGAUGGGCACCGCAGAUGGAGAUCCUGGCACAUCCAUCGAUUGGGGGCUCUCUGUUCCAUGCGGGGUGGGGGUCUGCCAUAGAGGCUCUGCAAUUCGGACACUGUCUUGUUGUGUUGCCCUUCAUCAUCGAUCAGGGACUGAACGCGAGGUUGCUGGUGGAGAAGGGAUUGGGCGUUGAAGUGGAAAGGGGUGAAGACGGGACGUUUGGCGGGGAAGACAUAGCCAACUCUCUGAGAAUGGCGAUGGUGUCGGAGGAAGGAGAGCAGCUGAGGGCUCGAGCAAAAGAAGCCGCUGUGAUUUUUGGGGAUGGAAAACUUCACCAGCAGCAUUAUGUUCAGGGUUUUGUCGAGUAUUUGAAAAAUGGGGGUGUGGUACAGAAGUGAAAAGUGAUCGAUCGUCGAUUGCCACUUGGGAAUUUAACGAUGAUGGAUGAGGGGAAGAAAUUAAAGAUAAAGGGAAUUUAACGAUGUUGUGUAUUUUAAUAUUAUUAAUUUAUGUAUUAUUUUGGAUGAGUGAAGCAUAUAUUUACUUAA